AUGAAUGAUGGGGAGCAUCAGGCAGCCAACAACAUCAAGACACCCAACGCUUGCCCUGAUGCAGUCUCCUUGCUUAUGCCGUGUUCGGAGGUGUUCGGAGGUGUUGGGAGGUGCUUCAUGGUUCUGCGAGGAUCAGGGCGAGGGGGGCUGGGAGGUGGGCCGAACGAGGCCAUGGGAGUGUCAGACGCUUUGCAACAGCAAUGUGAACCUGGGGGAGGGGAGUUUCUGUUCUCCUCCUUCGGCGGCUCCUCGCUGGAGUUGCGCUGGGAGGCCCUUUCCAUGCGAUCCUGGCAAGUGGCACGGAAACACCAGGAGGCAGUGCAGAUCCUGACAAAUGUCAGCGGCUGUGCGAGGUCAGGCAAGCUCACUUGCAUUCUCGGGCCAAGUGGUGCUGGGAAGAGUACCCUGCUCAACGUCCUGGCCGGUCGCCAGAGUGGUGGGCAGCGGCACCGGAUACGGAUUACCGGACAGGUCUGGGUUUCCGGCCAGAAAGUCGACCCACGGGCCGUGCGGUCUCGCAUUGCAUACGUCAUGCAGAAGGAUGAGAUGUUCGCGACAUCCACUCCACAGGAGGCUCUGAGCUUCUCGGCCUCAUUGCGGCUCUCUGGACCCAGGGAGGAUCGGCAGGAGCUCAUCUCGGAACUGCUCGGAUCGCUUGGGCUCCUCGGCUGCGCCAACACGUACAUUGGCAAUACUGUCAUAAACGGGCUUUCUGGGGGCCAACGGAAGCGAACUGCCAUUGGCGCAGUGGAACUUAUCACCAGGCCCGACAUCGUUUGCCUCGACGAACCGCCUGGGACUCAGACCAGUGGCUUGGACUCUUACGCGGCCUACCAGGAAGGGGGCUACGCCAUGUCAAGCCCGGAGAACUUGAAGGGCGAAACAGUCCACAUCUACAUGAAAGUCGUAAAUCUGACUUUGGGAAAUUGGGAGGUCAUGAGCGUGCUGAAGGACUUAGCCAAAACCGGCUGUACCAUCAUUUGCGCCUCGGCAGCUUGCGAGCAAAACUGUAAAGGCCUUUGCGGUGGGCAUUGCCUUUGGGCUGGGGACAGAGAGCAGAUGGUCAACUACUUCGCCAAGGUUGGUUAUCCCUGCCCUGCUGGUUUCAAUCCGGCGGACUUUGUCAUCUUCCUCAUGCAGACGGACCCCCCGGAGCCCAAGGCAAAGACAGACGCCUUGGUUCGCAUCUGGACCCAGGAGCGCCUGGAGGCUGCACUCCAGCGGAGUAGUGCAUCUGGCCUCUCCGUGGGUCCCGUGGCGGCAGGUCUGGAUGCCAAGCUGUGCCGCGCCCUUGAGCUGUUGUUGGAAGGCAUCCCGCGUCUCCACAUCUUCCAUGGUUACUCCAACUUCACAGGAAGCCCUGAAGAAGCGAAGCCACAACACGUGCCAGCAGUUGAGAGGAUGCCCUCAGCCGUUGUCAACUCUUUGCUAGCGGCCAUUGGCCCAUCAGACCUGCCCCCGAGCCAGUCGCAGAUUCAACAGCUUUCAAAGGUCCGCAAGAGCUUCGGAAAGCAGCUCCGCCAGCUGGCCAAGCGCGAAUUCCGCGCAGUGGUCCGGGAUCGAACCACACUGACGGUAAGGUUUUGCCUGUCCGUGGUCCUGACUUUCCUUUUCGGCUUGGUCUUCCAGGGCGUCGGUCGAGGCUCUCAACAAGCCGAGGCCGGACGAUCCUUGAAGCCGACCAGGCUAUCAAAGGCUAUCGCAACUAGAAUUUUCGAGCGCCGCAAUCAGCCUUGCCAGUCCAUCUUCGAUCAGAUGUGGACGGGCCUGACCUACGAGGAAGUUGACAACUAUUUGAGCCUAGGUCACAGCACUGCGAAAGAGGAAGCUGGAAUGGUCUUCCUCCGCGAGUACAGCAGUGGGACUUACAGCCGCCAGACUCAUCUUGGGGAGAGCACAGGGGGCUCUGUCUCCAGGUGUUGUGCCAGGUUGGGUCUGUGCUACGUCGUUAUGCCCGGAUCUCGGUUGGGAGCUUCGGAUUCGGGCACAGAUGGGCAAAUAGAAUGGUUGCCACAUGUCACGAAGCUAGCUGUCUCCGCAGUGAAUGCUCGAAGUGAUGAGAGGUUUGUCGGUAUAAGCGAAGCCGAUCUUCGCAAACUCAUCGGUUGCUGUGAUCUGUUUACCGGGCUGUCCCGGAACGUUGAGGCCCAGGGCAACUCGGGAGAGAUCGCAGAGGCUUUCGUUCGCAACGUCCGAUCAAAGACCUUAGUGUGGAUCAAGACUCUCGCCGUUCUACUCUAUCGGGGCGGCACUCCUAUCAGCAAGGACUUCGUCAGUGCCGCCGACCUGGGAGGGAGUAGGCGAGUAGGCAAGGGUCGGAGACCCUCCACGCUUAGAAAGCAUGUCAAAACUUGGGAGAAGUUCGUCCUCUGGCUGAAAGGGGCCUACGAUGUGGAAUGGCCGGUAGCGCCGCAGCAGUUCAUCGAUUAUCUCGAGGAGCGAGCCUCCGAACCAUGUGGCAAAAGCGUCCCGCUUGCACUGUUGAAAACUCUGAUGUUCAUGGAGACCUCGGCCGAGAUCCUGAAGCCUCAGCAGAUCUCGGUCCAUCCGUCAGUGUCGAAUGCCAUGCAAGAGAUCGCUCGCUUCUUAGAGUCUGCUUCGCAUUCCGAGACUAGGAAGGCAAAUAUGCUCCCGGUCAAGGUGGUGAUGGCCCUGGAAAGGACAAAGACCACAGGUCCGGGCAAAUCUGUCAAGACUGUGAAGCUCUAUGUUUCGAAAGAUGCCUGGCUUGAGGCUCCCACAUGGCUGUCGGUAGGCUGGGAGAUUUGGGAAGAACUCACGCAGGAAGCCGGCCUGGCCCGUAGGGACUUUCUACUGCCAGUACCGGCGUCCGACCUCCAAUCCAUCACCAAGAAGGUUGCGUCCUACGCUGAUGCUGCAGCUCUGUCCAAGGCAUUGCUUUCCAAUCUAGGCUCUUGUGAAGGCAAAGGGCAUUUGUUGCUACCAGGGCUGGCAGCCAUGUGGACAGAGCACUCAGAGAGAGCUACGUUGAGGACGUGGGCAGGGGCGAUUCCACUGUCGCCGCAAAUUUUGAAACGCCUGGGUCGAUGGAAGCAGAGUGUCGACGAAGGCUACGAUCGUGGAGAUCGAGGUGAAGUAGAGAAGGCUCAGGCGAAAAUCGCAAAGUUCAUUCGGACCUCCAGGGGAAAAGCUGAUCCGGUCGAUGAGGAGGGUCUACUCUCGAAGAUUGUCUCACGGUUGGUUGAUCAGGGGUUCGAGCCGUCGGUGGCUGCUGAGCAAUUGGUCCUUCUCAGUUACUUCGGUCGGGACACCGCUCCGGCGGCAUCGGACUCGGAGGAGUUGCGCUCGGCCUCAGACUCAGCCACAGAUGUCAUUUCAUCGUCGUCUGAAAACGAGGACGCGGCCCCUGCGCGUAAGCCGCCAUCGCCAGCGCAAGCUCAAGGCAAGUUCUUCGUGAGCAUUGUGGGCCGCUCCAAGCAAAGGCAGCUGGGAAGGACUGAGGGAGAGAAUCAAGAGUCUUCCUCCUCGGAUAGCGGGGUGAGCUCUUCCGAUACAGUAAGAAAUUUUGCGACGCUGUUUGCUUGUUUGCUUUUCUGCAUCUUGGUUGUUGCCUUCAAGUGUUUGUGCGUCCUGCUUCACUACGCAGACUUCCCAGGGCUCGCGCAGACUAAAGGCAUCAAGCUCAAGCAACAAGCAGAACUGGCACAGCUAUCCAUCUUAGCUAUCUCCCGAUACUCGGCUGUUGCCGACGAUCGUGCCGGACUCAGAACAUUUUGCAAGGAUAUUCUCCACUUGGACCCAAGUACCACCCCGGAGCAUCUAGUCGAAGUGGCUGCGUUGCUGGACUUGUGGGAAUCCUGCAAGUCUAGGGCGGAGGCGCAGCACAAGGCAGACGCAGAGGCAGUGCUGAGUAAACUGCCAAGAGUAGCAAACAAAUCAGAACUCCAGGACAUCAAAUCCCGCUUCGAGGCUCUGCACUACGCUCUCGAUGACAAGGCCACCCCCUCAUCCGCGACUCUCGAGUUCCAUUUUGACCAGGUUGAGCAGGGAGAAUUGAGGCCUACCACGUUGGGUCAAUACGUUAGUCGUGAGCAUGCAGAGGCAGAACAGUAUGGAGCAGUCAUUGACAAGUCCACCGGUGCAAUCAAGAUAAAGAAGGGCUUCACUGAGGGCAAGAAACCUACUUCCCCGGAAGAAUUCCGCUCCGCCGUCAAGCUCGUGGCACACACAUGGGUCAUGUGUUUCCUUAGAUAUCCUCAAAAGUCCUUUCUGAAGGACGUCUCGGUAGCCCAGUGGCAGCGGUAUGCGGACUACAUGCUCGGCGAGCACGUGCAUGGGCUCACGGCCAAGGACAGUCAGGGACACGACUUGUCGUCGCCGUCGUGGGAUCUUGUGCUGGCUUAUGACUAUCAGAUUCGUCGAGGAAUGGUGCGCUUGAUCAACGAAGGAAGCUCUUUUGCCACAGCCUUGGACAGUGCAAUGAGAGAUACCGUUAUCAAAGAACGCUACUUUGUCACGCCAUGUGCGUUGGCGUCUAUCUCCACUUCACCUCCCACCAGGUCCAGGUCUCCGAACACUCGCGGCUUUCGCAAUGACGGUUUCUAUGGGGACCAGGUUGCUAGUGCAUCAGUUGGGGCAUCGCCAGCAGAAGUGCAACAGCCUCAGAUUCUCUACCUCUUCAGCGGGUCUAGCCGUGCGACGUCCACAACUCAGCUGCUAAAGAAGUCAGGCAUGAAUGUUUGCUGCGUGGACAUCUCCGAAGGGAGCCACUGCGACUUGUCACUACCAGAAGUUCAGGAGCGCAUUUUGCGCCAAAUUCAGAAGCGCAUGUACCGAGUCAUACUGUGCACACCUCCUUGCUCCACUUGGUCUAGAGCCCGGUGCGCCAACAAACGAGGGCCUCCUCCCGUGCGUGACGCAGCCCAUCCUGAUGGAUAUCCGUGGUUGAAGGCUUCUCGAGCCCAGGAGGCUUGGCUUGGCUCGCAGCUCGUACAGUUUGCGAUUCGUGUGUUUCAACUCGCCACGGAGGCAUCCGAGCAACAUCCCGACUCUCCAUGUUUUCUUCUUUGGGAACAUCCUGAAGAUUUAGGCGUGUGUGUCCGAGAGGAAGACCGCAUGCACAUUCAACCAGCCAGUGUCUGGCAGUUGGCGGCCGUGCGCAAUCUCAUCGAUCGAGGUCACCCACCAGUUUUCACUGUGGCGUUCAAUCAGUGCUGUUUCGGAGCUUCAUACCGGAAGCCCACGCGUGUCUUGUCAAACCUGCCAGCGCUCAGGUCUUGGGGGCCAUCGGAAUGGCCGCUCCUUGAUGAUGACGGCUUCUACCUUGGUCCGUUGCAGCCCUCAUGCGCAUGUCGAGUGUCCAUGACCUUGGCGCGGACUCCACAGGAUCUCGAUUUUCCCACAGUUGGAACGGCUGCUUAUCCUCCACGCCUGGACUCAGCCAUUUCCUCAGCCGUCAAACAAGCCUUGAAAGCAGCCACGUUUCCUUCGGACGGGGUGGGGACGUGCCUGCAAGGGUCAGCAGGCGCCCCGCUUGGAGCCUCGAGUCAAACUGCUGGAAAGGGUUGCUCUGCUUCAGAGGUGGAAGCUCCGGGGACAGCAGAGUCUCCGGAUGUCGGGAGCCUAGAUGAUCAGGGCAACCUACAGCAUUUGCAGUGCAAGAGCUGUUGGGGCCGCGGCCCACCGAUCAUGGCGUGGUACAAAGGUUCGUCGCGCCCGAUCUGCGACGGGGGGGGGCUGCUGUCUCCAGGGCGGUGGCCUAUCCAUCGCAGAGAUCUCAGUCUCAGCGACAAAGGUGAGCAGCUCAGAGCGUUGGUGCAUGAUCAGUUCAGACUCUGGCGGGAGGCAGUCGUUGGCUCUGGGAAGGACGUGAUGCGGGACAAGUUCUGGCCUGCAGCGGCGGGCUCAAUUACGGUGUCUCCGUUUGGUGAGUCCAUCGAUUCGGCCAGAGAAGCUGUGGAUACUUUUCUGGAGCAGGUUGGUCUGGAUCCCCGCCGGAGGCCCGAGGAUGUCGAGUCCGAGGUGAAUUUCCGUAGGGUGGCCGCGGCAGCGGAGGUGCUAGGGGACGUCGACUUUGAUUACCUCCAAGAGGUGGCGAGCCAAGGGGUUCCGAUUGGUGUGGGAGUCGAGCUUCCGAGAACUCCGCAUGUCUUUGAGCCCAAAGUCAAAUGGAACUUGAGUGAGGCAGAGGGCGAGUUUGUUGACACGAAGGCCGAAAACUACUCGUCUGCCAGGGAGUCUAUGGCUAGAGUUCGGGAACAGGUCCUGGAAGAUGUCAAGAAAGGGCUUGUAGAGCGGAUGACUAAAUGUGAGGCUGAGAGCGAGUUCAAGGGGAGGCUAGCCAUAGCGGCUCUGGGUGCGGUGCCCAAGGCGCUGGACUCUGACGAGGUUAGAGUAGUUCAUGAUGGCAGUUAUUCUGUGGAUGUUAACCACAGGAUAAGGGUAAGAGACCGCAUCCGCAAUCCUCUUGUCGAUGAUGCUGAGGCAGUCAUGCGGCAGGUCAAGGAGGAGUGCAGCGCGAGGCCAGGGAUCCGCUUCGGCAUGGUCUACGAUGUUGCGCACGCUCAUCGUCUCAUGCCAGUACGCCGCCAGGACUGGGGCUACCAGGCCUUCAGUUUGGACGAUAGCGACGAAGUGUUUCUGCACAAGAGAGGGGCCUUCGGGAUAGCGUCUGCAGCAUAUUGGUGGCAAAGACUAGCGGCGACCUUGAUUAGAUGUUUUCACCUGUUGGCAGGGCUCAUCUGGGCGGUCUACCAUUUGCUCUACGCCGACGAUGGGUGGCUCGUUGCCCAGGGAUCUGAUUUCGGUUUCCGGUGUCUUUUCUGGAUGUUUCUCUUUGACCUGUUUGAAGUGCCUCUCAGCUGGAGAAAAGUCCGAGGCGGAGUUCGUCUGCAAUGGAUCGGCUACGAACUCAGCCUGGAUGCUUUCCAAGUGGGGAUCAGUGAGAGGAAGAGACAGUGGAUCUUGAAUUGGGUUGAUACUGUGCUGAUGAGAGGUGGCAUCACAGGCCGGGAUCUGAGAUCGGCACUUGGUCGGUUGGUGUUUGUCGCCGGAGCACUGCGCCAUGUUCGACCCUUCUUGGGCACACUCUUCGCGUGGUCAUCGGUGCUCGCAGCGGGCACGUGCGCCUCGUUUCCCCUCGGAGUGCGGUUGGUCCUAGAGCUUAUCAAGCAGGAAGUGGGGGGCUGUCGCAUGACGAACGUUUGCGAGUGGCCUCGCUACCCGGUAGAUUGCUUCCGCAUCGACGCCAAGGCCGAGAGGGACGACAUCGUACUAGGUGGCUGGGAGACUCUGGGGGGAAAGUCCACGGAGAACGCCCGGUGGUACUCGAUAAGGCUGUCGAGGUCAAAUGCGCCUUGGGCUUUUGUCAAGGGAGAGCCGUUUCGGACGAUUGCGGCUUUGGAGCUCACAGCGGUGCUGAUUGCAGUGAUCCUGUUCUCGAAGUUCGGGUCGUUGCGGGGGAGGUUUGCUGCAGGGGCGCUUCCUGCCCUCACCGACAGCAAGGUAUCCGCCCAUGUGAUUGAUAAGUACCUCUCGUGCUCGUUUCCUUUAUCAGUGGUACUUAUGGAAGUGAGUUUGCAGCUCCACCAGAUGAACACUAGGUUGAUGCUUCGGUGGGUGCCAAGGGAACAGAACACCGAAGCAGAUGCGCUGACAAAUGAAAACUUUCACGGGUUCCGGGAAGAGAACCGCAUCGAUGUGAGGUUCGAGGAGAUCGAGUUUCUGGUGCUGUCAAAGCUUAUGGAGGCGGCGCAAGACGUUGAUGCUGAAGUGAGGCUCAAGAAAUCUAAGAGGCACCAAGGAAGCUCCUAUCAGGAUGAACCUGGCAGGAGAAGAAAGAAAGGAGAAACGAGAUGGAAAGAUCCAUGGUGA